UCACAACUUACGAGUGUGGCGCACAGCUGCCAAGGAGGAAACCUGUGUUCGCCUGGACAGAGAGUCCCCGGGGAAGCCGGCCAAUCUUGCUCCACCUUCCGCAUCCCUUGCCCGAAAUCCCGGAGGACCCCCCUCAGCCGGCGGACCCGCGCUCCCCUGACCCGGGAGGGGCUGGUGCAGACCCUUCCAGGCGCCGGCGGCCAGGCACUCUCCUGCCCUGGGAGGGAAUAUUGACGACCCGUCCAGGUGUACCCGGGUGCGACGAGCACGUGUGGUGCGGUCACGGUCAGAAAGGGAGGGCCGUGACCUCGGAGCUGGCAACCUUCGGGCGAGACCCAGCGGAGCAGGCGGGCUCCGGAGGGAGGCCCAGCUUACUGGCGCUGGGCGGCGCCCCCAGCCUGCGCCCUUGUGUGCUGCCACCUACGGGCACCAUGCUGUCCACCGGGGGCCAGUACGCCGUGAAGAAGAGGAGAAAACCGGUGCGGAAGAGUCCUAAGCUUCUGCCUCCAGAGGGAGCCAAGUCCAACCCUUCCAAACGGCACCGGGACCGCCUCAAUCAAGAGCUGAGCAAACUCAGCCGCUUGCUGCCCUUCCCCGAGGACGUGCGGGCCCGACUUGACAAGCUCUCCAUCCUCAGGCUAAUCGUGGGCUACCUGAAGGUGAAGAGCUACUUCACAGCUGCCCUAAAGGAUGGCAGUGAAGGCAGCUCAGCUGACCCACCCAUGAACCCAGGAAGAAGUGAGCAUCCCUCUCUACAGGUGGCUGCAGAGCUGUGUGCUGAAGGAGACUUGCUUCUUCAGGUAUGGUGUGGUAUGGACCAUCUCUAUCCCUGCCAGUAGCUGCGAUCGUAACAGGAUCAAGCCCAGAGUUUUCCAGAAAACUUUUUGUUUCAACUCUUAUUGAAGUUAUCUUUAGUUAUCAUGUCAAAGUUCUGGUUGAGUAGCAUAUUCUACAGCUAGUUUCCCUUUUAACAAUGCCCUAAUCACUGCCGUGUGGAUGGCAGUCACACAUGGGGUAGAAGGAGUUAGAAACCCUAAUGGCUGGUCACGUGCCAGGUGCCUCCCCUCCAAGGUGAUUCUCCAUCUGAGUGUCACAGGCCUGAGCAGGAAGAGCACACAUAACAUGGGGUGACGGUGAUACCGGAAUCCAGGUUCUUGCUCACAACAGGACAGUCGAAGAAUGAACUCCAUGAACACACAGGCAGCAAGCAAGCAAAGUCUUCACUAAAGAAAAGCAAAUAGCUCCCAGGGCUGCUGGGAGGGGGGAGAAGAGCCCCCUUCUCUACUGUCCUAUAGGGAUUUUGAUCUCUUAAAGUGGG